CUCAUGCGCAGGCGCGCGGCUUGGCUGCUGGAGGAGUUGCAAGCCAGUGGGACUCAGGGGUCCGGACGGCUGGCAGCCAUGGGCCGCCGGAGGGCAGCGCGCGGCCCGGUGGCUGAAGGUGGCCGUACUCGGCGCCCCGCGGGCCGCUCUCUUGAGGCUUUCGCCGAGGAAGUGGGCGCCGCGCUGCGCGCGUCCGUGGAGCCAGAGGCGGCCGAAGACGAGGGCAGCCUGGGCCCGGCGCAGCUGCCCUGCGCUCUGGCCAUGUGGGAGCUGGGCCACUGCGACCCCCGGCGAUGCACCGGCCGUAAGCUAGCACGCCUGGGACUGGUGCGCUGCCUACGUCUGGGCCACAGGUUCGGCGGCCUCGUGCUCAGCCCCAUGGGCUCCCAGUACGUGUCCCCCGCAGACAGUGAGGCCAGUCUCCACGGACAUGACUGCCCUGGGGCCAGCACCAAGUUUACCCCAGAACCAAGCCCUAUUGCUGCUCCUGGCAGACAGUUGGUGGCACGGUCCGGGGUCGCCGUCAUCGACUGCUCCUGGGCCAGACUGGAUGAGACUCCAUUUGGAAAGAUGCGUGGGAGCCACUUGCGGCUCCUGCCCCACCUGGUGGCCGCCAACCCUGUGAACUAUGGCCGGCCCUGCAGGCUGUCCUGCGUGGAGGCCUUCGCUGCCACCUUCUGCAUCCUGGGUUUCUCAGACCUUGCUGUCAUUUUGCUGCGGAAGUUCAAGUGGGGCAAGGGCUUCCUAGACCUCAACCGCCAGCUCCUGGACAAGUAUGCAGCCUGCAGUGGCCCAGAGGAGGUGCUACAGGCAGAGCAGGAGUUCCUGGCCCGUGCCAAGGAGCACUGCGAGGAGGAGGAGAUUGAUCCCUUUGAUGUGGAUUCAGGGCGAGAGUUUGCAAAUCCCAACAGGCCCGUGGCUGCCCCCCGGCUGCCCAGAGACGAUGCUGACAGUGACACUGAGGAUGAGUCUCAGGAACUUGGGCCUGACCCCGAGGAUGGGGGAGGCAGCAGCAGCAGCCCUGAAGAGGAGCAGACUACGCAACAAGGGGCGGAAGGGGCGGACACCAGCGUCCCCACAGAGAUUUGGAAAGGAAUCAAGAAACGGCAGAGAGACUGAAAGUUGCAGACGUGUAUUUUUGGAGGCGGGGUGAUGAGGACAUCUAGAGGUGGCAGUGGAACUUGGGAGAACACACAACAGGCCUGGCGGCCUCAGCCCCUGCAGCUGCCAGCAGGACUGGACUCUGUCCAGGUUCUCUCCCAGCACUUCUAACCUGGCCUUGCUCUGGGUCCUGCCUCAGAGCCCUCCCAAUGAAGCUGCAAGUCAAG